AUGGGUUGUGUAAAACUUUUAUUUUUUAUGCUAUAUACCGUUCUUUGUCAACUUGCUUUCUCGUCAUCCUUGUGCCCCAAAGAUCAAGCUCUUUCUCUUCUACAAUUCAAGCACAUGUUUACCAUUAAUCCUGAUGCUUCUUAUGAUUGUGAGUUUUCUCAUCCAAAAACUCGUUCAUGGAAAAAGAGCAUGGAUUGCUGCUCAUGGAAUGGAGUUCAUUGUGACAAGACGACAGGACAAGUGAUUGAGCUUGAUCUCCGUUGCAGCGAACUACAAGGCAAGUUUCAUUCCAAUAGUAGCCUCUUUCAACUCUUCAAUCUCAAAAGACUUGAUUUGUCGUAUAAUGAUUUCACUGGAUCGCUCAUUUCACCUAAAUUUGGUGAGUUUUCAAGUUUGACACAUCUUGAUUUGUCGCAUUCAAAUUUUACAGGUCUAAUCCCUUCUGAAAUAUCUCACCUUUCUAAAUUACACGUUCUUUGUAUAUGGAACCCCUCGGGUGGUUUAUAUGACCUUAGUCUUAGUCUUGGGCCUUACAAUUUUGAACUGCUCCUUCAGAACUUGACCCAAUUAAGAGAGCUUGCCCUUUAUGGUGUGAACAUCUCUUCCACCAUUCCUUCAAAUUUUUCUUCUCAUUUAACAACUCUAGAACUUUCAGACACACAUUUACAUGGGGUAUUGCCCGAAAGAAUUUUCCACCUUUCCAACUUAAAAACUCUCGAUUUGUCAUACAAUCACAAGCUCACAGUUAGGUUUCCCAUAACCAAAUGGAAUAGCAGUGCAUCACUCAUGUACUUGUAUCUCUAUCAUGUGAAUAUUACUGGUAGGAUACCUGAAUCAUUUACCCAUCUAACUUCACUUCAUGACUUGGACAUGGGUUAUUCUAAUCUGUCAGGGCCUAUUCCUAAAUCUCUAUGGAAUCUCACCCACGUAGAGUGGUUGUCCCUUAGUUAUAACCAUCUUGAAGGACCGAUUUCCCAGUUCUCGAGAUUUGGAAAGCUUAGGGAGUUAUACCUUGGAUAUAACAACUUCGCUGGCCGACUUGAGUUCUUAUCCUUUAACAGAAACUGGACGCAACUUGAAGCAUUAUAUUUUUCAUCCAAUUACCUAACUGGUCCAAUUCCAACCAAUGUAAGUGGACUACAAAACCUACUAUGGCUCGAAUUGUCAUCAAACCACUUGAAUGGGACUAUACCUUCCUGGAUAUUCUCCCUUUCUUCACUAACUUAUUUAGACUUGAGUGAUAACCAUCUCGGUGGAAAAAUUCAGGAGUUCAAGUCCAACACAUUGUCUCAUGUUGAUCUAAGACAAAAUCAGCUGCAAGGUCCUUUACCAAAUUCACUCCUAAACCAGCCACUCCUAACAUAUCUUCUCCUUUCGCACAAUAAUAUCAGUGGACAGAUUGCUUCAACUAUCUGCAAUCUGAAAACACUAAUAGCUCUAGACUUAGGAAGUAACAAUUUGGAGGGAACAAUCCCAAAAUGUUUGGUUGAGAUGAAUGAAUACCUUUGGAAUUUGAAUUUGAGCAACAACAAUCCUAGUGGGACAAUCAAUACAAAUUUUAGUCUUGAAAAUUAUUUCCGGGUCAUUAGAUUACAUGGGAAUAAGCUAACGGGGAAAGUCCCACGAUCUUUGAUCAAUUGCAAGUCCUUGACCCUUCUUGAUCUAGGUAACAAUCAGUUGAAUGACACAUUUCCAAACUGGUUGGGAAAUCUACCUGAUUUGCAGAUUUUAAGCUUGAGAUCAAAUAAGUUUCAUGGUCCCAUUAAAUCUUCAGGGAAUACAAACUUCUUUGCUCGGCUUCAAAUUCUGGAUAUAUCAUCCAAUGGAUUUAGUGGUAAUCUACCAAUAAGUCUUUUUGGGAAUUUGCAAGCCAUGAAGAAAAUUGAUGAGAGUACAAGAACCCCAGAGUAUGUUUCUGAUCAAUUUGCUGGUUAUUAUGAUUAUUUGACGACAAUUACAACAAAGGGACAAGAUUAUGAUUCUGUUCGAAUUUUGGAUUCUAACAUGAUUAUCAAUCUCUCAAAGAACAGAUUUAAAGGUCAUAUUCCUAACAUUAUUGGAGAUCUCGUUGGACUUCGUACCUUGAACUUAUCUCAUAAUGUCUUGGAAGGUCAUAUACCAGCAUCGUUGCAAAAUUUAUCUGUCCUCGAAUCAUUGGAUCUCUCAUCUAACAAAAUCAGUGGAGAAAUUCCGCAACAACUUGUGUCCCUCACGUCACUUGAAGUCUUAAAUCUCUCUCACAAUCAUCUUGUUGGAUGCAUCCCCAAAGGAAAACAAUUUGAUACGUUUGAGAACAGUUCAUACCAAGGGAAUGAUGGGUUACGUGGAUUGCCACUCUCAAAACAUUGUGUCAGUGAUGAUCAAGCGACAACUCCAGCUGAGCUAGAUCAAGAAGAAGAUUCACCAAUGAUCAGUUGGCAAGCGGUUCUCAUGGGUUACGGUUGUGGUCUAGUUAUUGGACUGUCCAUAAUAUACAUAAUGUUGUCAACUCAAUAUCCAAUAUGGUUUUUGAGGUUGGUUGUGCAAUUGGAACACAGAAUUACUACAAGAAUGAAAAGGCACAAGAAAAGAUAUUAG